GUCCGGAGACUGAGACACAAGUUAUCUGGGAGGCUGCGGAAGGGCCGGCGAUCUUUCCCCAUCUUUUCUGCGUGGAGCUCACUCCCCUUCAUCCGUCCUGUAUGGUGGAUAUUAUCUUCAGCUCUUCUUUCUUGGGUGAUAUGGGGGAUCAUUCCAAAAAGAAGUCAGGAUUCGCGAUGUGUGUAGGAUGUGGAAGCCAGAUCCAUGACCAGUACAUACUACGAGUUUCCCCCGACCUGGAGUGGCAUGCUGCCUGCCUGAAGUGCGCGGAGUGCAGCCAAUACCUGGAUGAGACCUGCACUUGUUUCGUUCGGGACGGGAAAACUUAUUGCAAAAGAGAUUAUGUAAGGCUGUUUGGAAUAAAAUGCGCCAAAUGCAACCUGGGCUUCAGCAGCAGCGACUUGGUGAUGAGAGCCCGGGAUAAUGUGUACCACAUCGAGUGCUUUCGGUGCUCGGUGUGCAGCAGGCAGCUGCUGCCGGGCGAUGAGUUCUCCCUCCGGGAAGAGGAGCUGCUGUGCCGGGCGGACCACAGCCUGCUGAUGGAGAGGAGCUCUGCUGGAAGCCCCAUCAGCCCCGGACACAUCCACUCCAACAGACCACUACACCUUGCAGCAGAUCCCGUGGCGGUGCGGCAGGCUCCGCACCGGAACCACGUCCACAAGCAGUCGGAGAAGACGACGCGGGUGAGGACGGUGCUGAACGAGAAGCAGCUGCACACGCUGAGGACCUGCUAUAACGCCAACCCGAGGCCCGAUGCGCUGAUGAAGGAGCAGCUGGUUGAGAUGACCGGUCUGAGCCCCAGGGUUAUCCGGGUCUGGUUCCAGAACAAGCGCUGCAAGGACAAGAAGAAGUCCAUCCUGAUGAAGCAGCUCCAGCAGCAGCAGCACAGUGAUAAGACUGUAAGCAUCUUCAACUUGCAGGGCCUCACAGGAACGCCACUUGUGGCUGGAAGUCCUAUUCGACAUGAGAGCACUGUGCAGGGAAACCCAGUGGAGGUUCAGACUUACCAGCCUCCUUGGAAAGCGCUAAGUGAAUUUGCACUGCAGAGUGACCUGGAUCAGCCAGCUUUUCAACAACUGGUGUGUGUGUUCAUGACAGAUCUAUCUAUGAAUCGGACGGUGGUCAUUUACUAUCUCGGGGGCAGAAAAAUCAGCUGUAAAUCUGCUGCGAUGGGUCUGGUUCCUCUGGUCCAGCCACAGGCCGGUCUAGACAGCGUGUCAGGGAUCGGCGACCUCUUAUCUGUUCCUGGCAUCACCUGCAAGCGAUACACUGACUGA